CAGUUUGUGUAUGUCUCUCUAGAUGUUGGUUGAGUUAUUGCUUCAUUAAUAAGCUUAAUCAUUCUCCAAAACUUGUUUAAAAAGGUGCUGAACUCAGGCCAACAUAGUGGCCUUCAGUCCCUUAUUCAGAUAUUUAAUGACAAGCAGGCUGGGCCAAUACACCAAUACCAAUAGGAACUUUAUCAUAUUAGAAAAUACUUUGAAAGAGCGGCAACAAAUAAAGAGGACCCUCAUGGGUCCUUCCAUCACUCUCUCCAGUGCAUGGACUCCUCUCUGGUCUCGUUUGAAGUCGCUGGAAAAGAGGGAGGGAAAAAAAGCUUUUUAAGGGGGGCGGGAUCUUGUGACUCACCAGCAACUUCCUCAGUAGUAGGACAACUGUAGCCGGCAAGCUGCAUCAUUCUCCGCCGCAGAGAUUUGACUACUGUCAGAAGAAACUCAGAAAGUUUUACAGCUGGAGGGCGACGCGCGCGAGCUGCCGGAGUAGAUAGCAGCGAAGUGAUUCCAGUCCUGAUCUGAGCGCGCGAGAGGGAGGCGGUGUGCCACUGUUGUCUCUAAAGGUGCCUCCUGACUUCAGACAAUACUCCUGGUUCAGAGGAAAAAUCGCAAUGGCCGACCGUUUCGACUGCGACAACUGCAAGGAGUCCUUGUACGGCCGCAAGUACAUCCAGUCCGACGACAGUCCCUACUGCAUCCCCUGCUACGACAGCCUCUUUUCCAACACGUGCGACGAGUGCAAAGAACUGAUCGGCCAUGAUGCAAGGGAGCUCUUCUAUGAAGACCGACAUUAUCACGAGCACUGCUUCCGCUGUUUCCGCUGCGACCGCUCGUUGGCGGAUGAGCCUUUCACCAGCCAGGAAGAGGCGUUGCUCUGCAAUGACUGCUACUGUAAUGAGUUCUCCUCCAAGUGCGUCGCCUGCGACAAGGUCGUCAUGCCAGGUUCGAAGAAGUUGGAGUAUGCCGGCUCUACCUGGCAUGAAAGCUGCUUCACCUGUCACAGCUGCGAGCAGCCGAUCGGCUCAAAAUCCUUCAUUCCCGACAAAGAUGAACACUACUGUGUGCAGUGCUAUGAGGACAAGUUCGCUCCACGCUGCACGCGCUGUAAAAAGACCCUGGCUAAAGGAGGUGUGACCUAUCGGGACGAGCCGUGGCAUAAGGAGUGUUUUGUCUGCACCAGCUGCAAGACGCAGCUGGCGGGUCAACACUUCACCUCCAGAGACGACAACCCGUACUGCCUCAAGUGCUUCGGCAGCCUGUACGCUAAGAAGUGCGAGGCCUGCAGCAAGCCAAUCACAGGUUUCGGAGGAGGGAAGUACAUCUCAUUCGAGGAUCGCCAGUGGCAUCAGCCGUGCUUCACCUGCUCCCAGUGCUCCGUGUCUCUGGUGGGCGCUGGCUUUUUCCCCGACGGUGACAGGAUCUUGUGUCGCGACUGCAACAGCAACCUAUAGACCUGUCAUUUUCACCCUUUGUCACAGCAUUUCAAGAACCCCCCCAAACCACCACCCAUCACCCCUGCCCAUCCCUUUAAGUCCUUACCAAGGAAGGUAAACCCAGGCUUACAGAUGCUGCCUCUCAGGUUCUUUUUAUAUAAAGAGAUCAGUUACUCAUGCUCCCUCUGUGGGUCAGAUCAUCAUGAAAUAUCUUGUUUUGAUGCUGCGUUGUUUGAAAAGAUCUCAUCUUUAACCAAAGAGUUAAUUAUCUUCUGAAGCAAAGUUAACAGAGUGCCUUAAAAAUAACAUUACCGUAAUGUUAUGUGCUAUUGAACCAAAGAAUGCAAACUGCUAGUCACUUUGCCAAAAAGUCCUUCAUAUUUUAAAUCAAAGUUUCCUCACAGAACUCUGACACUGUACAGUAUGUGAACAUUACUGUGUAUUUCAAAGUGUGGUGGAGGUACUGUGGCUUUAUGCUUUCAUUACUGCAUCUUUAAAUGUUUUGUUAUGAAUAUAUCAGACUGUUGAGACAAGAUGAUCAUUGAUGUGUUUCAGUGACGUAGUCGGUUUGUGGUAGUUUUGAUCAGUAGAGUCAUUUGCACUUUGGAUAUCCAUGUUAUGAGCACAUAAUAACACACUUUUUUCAAAAACAUGGCACACAGACCACUUUUUACGUCACGUAUCUGCUUUUUCUAACUUAGCAAUGACACUUACUUUAACAUAAAGUUUUCUUUUUUAUCCUUUCUUUUUUCAUAUGUUGUAAUUAAUCUUUUUUUUUUUUCACCGUCGCUCAAAGAGACGCUUUUAUAACCCAAAAGAAGCUGAAAUGAAAUACUGUAGUUGUGUAUUGCAGGAGUAUGCAUGUCUCAUGUCUGCCAUGAUUUUCCUUUUUGUGCCUUUUUCAUUUUUGUAAAAUGUAUGUGAAAAAUUAUUAAAAAAACAACUUUAUUUCAUUGUUACAGCUUUGAUGCUGGUGAGUCAGAGUUGGCAAACAUACUUUCUAACAUGGGAAUUAAAGCGAUAGCAGUUUGAACGUACUGUCAGACAGUUUUCAAAGAUAUGGCUAAGUUUUAUCUGUGAAGUCUUAAUAAAUUCUCACUGAAUGAUC